AUGUCACUCAGACACGAAACAUUUUUUUACAAGUCCAAUCAUACGCUAUUAGAAACUUGUAGCUUUAUUAAUUUGUGGUCACUGCACUGUUCAUUCCCUGUGAUGAAAGUGCAAUUGAGGUUCUCCAACCAAGUUAUAACUGAAUGGUCGUCUUUAUGCCGAGAAGUAAGUUACGACGCGAUGGUGUUACGGAAAGUAAAAUUGGGCGGCUGUGGACGUACGGUUGAAAUCGACGAAUCGAAGUUUGGACGUCGAAAGCAUCAUCGGGGUCAUAGAGUUGAGGACCAACGGGUUUUCGGCAGUUAUGAACGGGAAACAGGUAACUGUUUUAUGAUCCCCGUUGAAAACCGAACCACCGAAACCCUUCUGGUCAUUAUAAAAUACUGUAUAAAACCGUGA